CUAACCUGGAGUUUUGUUUCCACGAUCAUUUUCCGCGAAAUUUAGUCAACUCGUGAGACAAUGCUUGCUUAUUCGCGCUCAACGCUCUCGACGGCGACAACAACCUCGAGCUCACUGUCACUGACGAUGGCAGUAGCCGUACAGCGCCCAUUACGCGGUUCACGUGUAUCCUCCUUCUAUCCUGUCAAAGCUCUCCCAUCCUUGUCCUCUCUCGAUAGCGCGUUCCAGCUCCAAGAAUAUAUUUCGCUUCUUAUUCGUCUUGACGUCCAUGAUGUUAACUCAAUAGUGUCUCUUCCGGGGAAAGCUGCUUUCAAGGACGCCGAAGAAAAGUCUUCUGAUCUUUCUGAUCAAGCUGAGCGUAAACCAGAUGAUCCUGAACGCAAAAGCGACAUAACAGUCGACCGAGGUUGCUGGAUUUACGAACAACUACGACGUCUCGCACAGGACCUAUCUCAUCCCCUCAUCACAAUGUUGCAGCAGGAAUGUACUCGUAACACCUGUCCCGAGAUGAAGGCGGGAGAGUGGUUGUAUUUGUGUGUCGCACACGGUAAUGACGGCGCUAUGGAGCAAUGCUGUGCUAUUGAUUACAUCCUUCAUACGUUAGAUAGCGCAACCGCACUAUUAAGUUCACCUCGAGCUUUCCCAUCUCGCCUUUCGAUACCUCCUACCUCAUAUCGACACUUCUCUUCGCUUGCUCGUCGCCUUGGUAGAAUAUUUGCACAUGCGUAUUUCCACCACCGAGAAGCCUUUGAACAAGCGGAGGCCGAAUCAUUGCUCUACGCCCGCUUCCUGAAACUUACUAGUCAAUUUGAUCUCGUCCCUACCGAGUUCCUUGUCAUCCCCUCAGGUGCUGUCCUGCCAGGUAGAAAGGGACACGAUGAGGAUGUCGAACCUCCACGUCUUCUUGCAGCGGCCGUCAAUCCGCUGCGUGAGCAGGAGGAUCAAAAUGCACCUACGACAGAACAAGCACAACCUCCGAAUGUCCGCGAGAAGAGUCCUCCGGGACUGUCCAGUGACAGCCCGAUUGGCACCGAUAGUCCACGCCGGCUGGGGCGCAAUCGCACAGACACUAUGGUGUUCAGUGAGGCGUACAAUGUUGCAGAGGAGCUUGCAAAAGGCGGCGACCAUAGUGUCACCGAAAGCGGUUUAUUGCAUACUGCGCUAUCUGCUGAGCCUGAGAGCUAUUCGCAACCCUCAUGGUCCGGUCAGCCGAAUGAGUUCCCUCCCGACAAAUUUGGGUUUGACGUCGAAGAGGUCCCUGUCGAAGAAGUGCUCGUCGACGAAGUGGCAACCGUCACCGGAUCAAACUCUCCACCUCUAGACGAUCUGUCCUUAACGUUGCUUGGGGGCUCCAGCUCACCUGCCCCUGCUGGGCCACCUGUACUGGAACACGAGGUAGAGACGAUUCCAAUUGUUGAAGAGAUUGAGACCGUCCAGGAACAGCCGGCUGUCGAGCCUGUAGUUCCCCACGAAGAGACCGCUGCCUUGGCUGAGCCCUCGAGCCCAGUAGCCCCCGCAGCUACCCAAAAUGUUGAGCCCAGUGUUGCAGACCCUGAUGUUGUGGAGGAGCCUGUAGCUGCCGAAAAAUCUGAUUCACCGGAACCAGUUCCGGAAUCUGAAACAUUAGAUGAGACACCCCUCGACCCUUCUCCUGAGGCAGAUGCAGUAACCACCCACCUCGUGGAACCCCCCGCGCCAUCAUCUCCUGAAUCUGCCUUCGUCGAGGACUCCCUCACGGAGCCCGAGGUUAGCCUUAAUCUGAGCGAGCCCCCGCCGUCAGAGCCAAUACCCCCAGAGAGCGAGAGUGAUAUUACGGAUGAGGCACAUGAUGUGGAUGAGGAAGCAGAGGUGGAGGUGGAGUUAGUGGAGGAGAAUUCAUGAGGUUAGGUCGUCUGCUUAGCUGUGUUUUCGUAGCAUUGUUCUGUUUUUCCCCAUUUCUUACUGCUUUGAUGUCACUGCGUGCCAACGAGAAUUUUCGAAGAAGGCUACUGUCGGACACCCAGGAAUGCACCUGCUCUGUUGAAACUGUCUCGAUUGACUCAAAUAGAUCAGUUUGAUGCCGGUGUCGUCAUGAUCAUAUGACAGGUUCCAUGUAUAGUUCCGUGUCAUUGUGAUUGGCAGGUGUUCAUCACGUCUAAAAGUAUGAUUAACCACCGAAGACUUCUAGCCUGGUGUUUCCAAAUCUCGAGGACGGGGCGCAAGCUCUGGCGUUUGAAAUCUAACUAUCUUUAAACUUUCCUCAUUCGUGCACAGCGCAAGCUGUUGAUAUUAUUGUGCUGUCAUGCAAAUGAUCGACG